AUGGCGAAAAAGACCUCGAAAGCCGGUCCUUCCGCCGCCUCCGCCCCGCCGAAAGCCUCCAACAAUAACGAUUUCGACAUUGACGACAUCUUCUCUGGCAAACCCCUCAAAACGAAACCCGCUCCUGUCGCUUCGUCCUCCUCGUCGAAAACAAAGGCAGUUGAUACUUCAAGCACAAAUAAAGCCAAGAAGGAUAAAAAGAAGAAGAAGAAGGCGGUCGGAGAUGGGAAAGAGGAGGUCCAAGCUGGAGCUGUGAACGGGGUGAAGGGUAAACGGAAAGCGGAGAGCGAUGGCAUCGUUGACUCGGCAACCCAAUCGAAGAAGACCAAGACCACAAGCGAAACCAAACCUUCCAAACCCUCCAAAUCUAUUCCGAAGAAGCUCAGUAACGACGACGAUGAAGAUGACGAGGAGGAUCUGAACGAAGAUUACACCGACGAGGACGAUGAUGACGACGAGGAUGACGAACCCUCGACCCCAAAAGUAGUUGAAGUCCUAGACCCGAGCGCCGUCUCCCGAUCAAAGGUCAAACAAGCCCUCCAACCACCUCCGUCUAGAUCUAAAUUGAAGGGAGGUCGACGGGAGGUCGAUGUGGAGGAAGAGAUGUUUAGGGAUAGUCGGGGUGAUGGACCGAGACGACAGACGGAAGAAGGGUUCAUGAUCUUCAAAGAGGCCGAACUGGAUAUCGACCCCGAAGCCGGAGGUACCGAGCUCUGUCCGUUCGAUUGCGAGUGUUGUUUUUAG